CCCCACUCAAUUUCAAUGAGAUUGACAACUGGUUCUGGUUCCUUUAGGGGAUUCGAAAAGCGGAAGACUAGCCGAGCAAACUUAAAGGGUCAAUGCCGAGCUCCAGAAACGCCGAGUUGUUCCCCCAUCACCAUGACGUGGACGUGGACGCGAGAAUCAAGGCGGGACGGACCCAUGAGUGUGGAAGCCCGAUCCAUGGCCCGGCCAUUCAGUCCUCUUUAACAGCCGACUGGUUCAAUCUUUAUUCUUACAUUGCUCAAUCCCGACACGACCCCAAUAUAAUUCAUUCGAUAUUCUGAGGAUAGAGCUUUAAGACCUCGACCGAAAUUGAAUGCUUUUUGCAAAAGUCCCGUCUCAUUUUUAUUCAGACGCAAGACUGAUCUUGAGUGGGAGAGACCAGAAACUGGACGUCCGAGAACAUCUCCCUCCACAUCAAUCACAACGUGCGAUCAAAACAUGGCGACACAGCAGCCCGUUAAAGUCGCCAUUAUAGGCGCGGGGUAUGUGGGGGCAACGACGGUCUACGCGCUGCUCCUAAGCCGUGCGGCCGCCGAGAUCGUCCUCGUCGACAUAGACGAGGACCGCGCCCGAGGUGAAGCCAUGGACCUAGCCCACGCGGCGCCCUUCUCACAUCAAACCCGGGUCUGGAGCGGGCAGUACGAAGACUGCGCCGGCGCGACCGUCAUCAUCCUCACAGCCGGCGCGAACCAGAAACCGGGCCAGACGCGGACCCAGCUCGCCGAGACCAACUACAACAUCUUCAGGGAGAUCGUGCCCCGCGUCGCCCGCCACGCCUCGAGCGAAGCCGUCCUCGUCGUCUCCGCCAACCCGGUCGACGUGCUCACCCACGCCGCCGUCACGUUCUCCGGCUUCCCGCCCCACAGGGUCGUCGGCUCCGGCACUUCGCUCGACUCGGCCCGCUUCGCGUCCGAGCUGGGACGACGUCUCCAGAUCGACGCCGCGAGUAUCCAUGCCAUCAUUAUCGGCGAGCACGGCGACGCGGAGAUCCCCGUCUGGUCCCUCGCCACCGUGUCCGGUAUGCAUAUCCGCGACUACUGCAGGCAGGCCGACCUGGACUUUGGCGACGAGGCCAUGGAGCGCUGCUUCGAAGAGACGAAGCAGGCGGCCGGGCGCAUCAUAGGGCUCAAGGGCGCAACGGGGUACGGCAUCGCCGCGGAAUUGUUGCGUAUUGUGCAGGCUAUCGUGCGGAACGAGAAUACCCUGCUGCCCGUCUCGUGUGUCGGGUCGUACGCCGGCGUCGACGACGUCGCCCUCAGCGUUCCCCGGAAGGUGAACCGUGACGGAUGUCGCGACGCCGUGCCUCUGCUUCUGAAUGAGGAGGAACAGAAGGGUCUCGGAGAAUCUGCGCAGAAACUGAAGGGCAUCAUCGAUUCCCUUCAGUCAUGA